GUCUUGGGCAAAACUCUCUCGUUUGGAGAUUUUAACCAGCUUCGCAUUGCACAGUCUUAUUAGCACUUGCAAUGCUGAGCUCCAUGGUGUUUGGCUCUCUCAUCCUCCUCCUGGCUACCAGAGCUUAUGGACUUGGGAGGCUGGACAUGCAGCGCCACACAGCACAGCAUCAACAACUGCACAAGAAGGUCGAUAGCCAGAAGGAGGAGAUACAGAUACCGGCUGACUUCACGUGGCAACGGCAACCACCAUCAUCGCCUUCCGGUCGGCGGCCGGCGGCGGGCGUGCGCGACGACGCAUCCGACAGCCGAAACGGUUUAGGCGGCGGCAGCACCACACCGGAGCAUCGCCUGACGACGAGCACGGGACGUGCUGCUGAAAAGGACGGAGAGGCGAAGAAGAAGAAGACGACUCAUCGUGGGCCUCAUGGGGUGGUGGCGCCCAGACUAAUCCACGAAGAUUACGUCGGGCCCAGCGGUCAUUCACCCAACCACCACCGGGCAAUACCAUGCGGCCCAUGCAAGCAUUGAACAGCCCGGCCUGUUUCAGUUUUCUCCGGUCAACACACGUGUCCGGACAUGCGUGUUAUAGGUGGUGGAGAGUGGUGCACUAGUAGCAUUUACCAGGAGUUCAAGUU